CCUAAGAUCACGUUUCCGCAACUGCUCCUUCGGACGGUGCGAUGACCAGAUACGGUAUCUGAGCAAGCGAGCCUGCUUUGAUUGAUAGGAGAUUGGGUCCGGCAUGGCGAGUGUUAGUUCCCACCGUCGCAUGGCAGCAAGCGACACUAGGUAUACCUGACUCUGUGUCCCCUCCCCUGAAGGAUCAGAGAGGUUUAAUAUCAUCCCAUCUGAACGACGUGUCUAUCUCGUAGUCUCUCUGUACAGUCGCAAUGACGACCCCCGCGGGCCGGACUUCGAAGCUCUUCGAGCCGCUGACCAUUGGCAACGGCAAGAUCAAACUCGACCAUCGUGUGGUACUUGCACCUUUGACCAGGAACAGAGGAACUCCAUUGAGUGCAGAAAGUACACCAGAGGAGCCGAAUCGCAUAUGGCUUCCGAACGACCUUAUGGUGGAGUACUAUACUCAGCGGACUACCAAAGGAGGACUUGUUAUUACCGAAGGCGUCCCGCCGUCGCUUGAGGGCAAUGGAAUGCCGGGCGUACCUGGGUUGUUUAUCGAAGAGCAGAAAGCCGGCUGGAAGAAGAUCGCAGAUGCUAUUCACACACAGGGUGGCUUUGCAUAUCUGCAAUUGUGGCACUCAGGACGAGCCAAUAUCCCGCAAAUGACGGGCACACCAAUUGUCAGCCCUUCCGGUUUGCCCUGGGAUGAUCCAAAUGAGUGCUUCGCAUACCCACCGCCUCACACUUCCAAGCAAGCCCGCUAUAUCGAUAACCCUCCCAUCGAGCUCACCGUAGAGCACAUCAAGAAGACAAUACAAGACUACGUUCGCACGGCGAAGUGGGCCAUGGAAUGCGGUUUUGACGGUGUGGAGUUACAUGGGGGAAACGGAUAUCUUCCCGAACAGUUUCUUGCCUCCAACGUCAACAAGCGGACAGAUGCAUACGGAGGUAGCCCGGAGAAGCGUUGCACUUUUACACUAGAGCUCAUGAGAGAAUUGAGCAAGGCAGUCGGUGACGAAAACCUAGCUAUCAGGCUGUCACCGUUUGGACUGUUCAAUCAGAUACGCUGUGAGCAGCGUAUGGAGACUUGGAGCACGUUAUGUCGCAAGCUCAAAGAAGCUCAUCCGAACCUAUCAUACGUGAGCUUUAUUGAGCCUCGCUACGAGCAGAUCCACAGCGAGUCCGAAAAGCAAAAGUUCCUGGAUUCAUGGGGCUUAAGCACAAUCGAUCUUCAGCCAUUCCGCGAAAUUUUUGGCAGCACACCGUUCUUCUCAGCCGGCGGCUUUGACGACACGAACUCCUGGGGCGUGCUCGAAUCCGGAAAGUACGAUGCGCUAUUGUACGGCAGGUACUUCAUCAGUAACCCUGAUCUGCCGAAGAGGCUGAAAGAAAGCCUACCGCUCGCUCCAUAUGAUCGAAGCAGGUUUUACGGGCCGUUCGAAGAUAACACCAUUUGCUACACAGAUUAUCCAGAAUGGGAACAUGCAAGCACACCUUGAUUCUAGCCUGGCAUCGCCUGGGGUGAGAGUGCAUUCUGGGUAGAGCUUAGCUUAGUCCUCCUACGAUUCAACAACAGUUUGUAACCAACGCCAGUUAUACAUUUCGCCGUGAAUAUGAAGCGAUAUGGUGUUCAAUUUAAUGCUUGUUUAUUGCUUCUUUACGCUUUCUACCAUAUAAAGUAUGAGAACAUAGUUACAAAGUGAGUGAGCGCAUAUGGGCGGGGUAGGACGACACUCGAUUGUUAGCACUGCACAUACAGGCAAACAUACUAUAUGAAACAACAUUACC